UAGUGCAAAGUAAGCAUGUUAGUUUUGUUGCUUUUUUCGUUUGUGGCUGCUUGUGUUGGGCAGGUAGAGGUGACACCUGGGCCAACGCCUGUGCUUGAGCCGAGGCCAACAGUAAUGAUACAACAGGGUUUUGUUGUCGGAUCAGAAGUAGAAGAUGGUUCCCUCACUUAUUACGAAUUUAAUGGCAUACCCUACGCAGACUCCACUUCAGGCAUUCACCGGUUUAAGGCCCCAAGUCCACCCCCAUUAUUUGAGGAAGUAUUCAUAGCUGAUCGUAAGAAUAUCAAAUGCGUACGACCGUUAGGCGCUGGAUAUGAAGGCACGGAAGAUUGUCUUGUGGCCGAUGUAUUUACUCCAACAAUUGACAACACUGCAAAACUUCCCGUUAUGGUAUGGAUAAAAGGCAGAGAGUUCGAUCAAGACAAUGCACCACAGCUGUCUUUCAAGCAUUUUGUUGAAAAAGAUGUAAUUAUUGUCUCUCUGAACUUCCGUGAAUCGAUACUAGGAUUUCUUUGUUUGGGAACCGAAACGGCGCCUGGUAAUGCUGGACUAAAAGACAUUAUUGCAGGGUUACGUUGGGUACAAGAAAAUAUUGAGCAAUUUGGUGGAGAUCCAGACAACGUCAGUAUUUUUGGACAUGGAAGUGGAGCUGCAGCUGUGGAUUUAGUGACGUUGUCUCCAAUGUCAAAGGAUUUGAUUCAUAAAGCCAUAGCGCAAAGUGGCAAUGCUAUAGCUCCUUGGGCUGUGACACGAGAUAACCUUGAAUACGCUAUUCAAGUAGCUGAAGCGCUAGGUCAUGAUGUUACAAGUGCUAAAGAACUUUCAGAAAUAUUUACAAGAACCAGCGUUGCUGCUUUAAUGGCUGUCAUAAAUGAACUAGACUUGACCGACAAUUCCAUGGCUUUCGCACCGUGUCUUGAAAGAGAGAGCUUAGAGAAUGUUGAAAAAUUCCUUAUUAAAUCUCCAUAUGAAACAAUUGUUGAAGGUGAUUUUGCAAGCAUUCCGUUCAUCACUGGCUUUGUUGAACUAGAAGGGACGAUAAGAGCGGAAGAAGCUCGAAAAUACAAUUGGCUUGAAAGAAUGGAAAACUCAUUUGUUGACUUUUUACAACCAGACUUGAAAUUCGAAGACGAGAUUGAUCAAGCAGAUAUCGCAGAUCAUAUCAAAGCUUUUUACUUCAAGGGUGAACAAGUUGAUAUUGAUGACUAUUAUAAGUAUCACGGUGAUACUUUAAUGAUAGUUUCUGCUAUACGAGAAGCAUAUUUACGUGCAGCGGCAUCGACAUCGACUAUUUAUUUAUAUCAGUUCUCUUACAAAGGUCCUCUCGGAGAAUCUUUCGUAAGUGGCUCUGAGGAAAUUGAUCAAGCGAGUCACAGUGAAGAAUUGGCGUAUUUAUUCCACGAAAUCGAUGACUCUGAAGUAUCUCAAUUCGAUCUUCUUGUUAGCGAUAUUCUUAUUGAACGAUGGACGAACUUCGCUAAAACUGGCAACCCGACAAGCGACACUUCCCAAGUAACAUGGCUCCCAUUCACAAGCGAUGCACCAAAUUACAUUCAUAUACUUGACAGCACUGAAGCAAGAGAAAACACUGUCGAAAUCGAACUUCGUAAUCCACAUCCCGAGGAAGUGCUUUUCUGGAAUGGAAUUUAUGAAACACAUUUCUUGGAUGCUCAGAGCAAAUGGGAACUGACUGACAGGAAUGAAGAAAAUGUAGAUGUUGUUGAUGAGAAUGGAAGUGAAGAAGAUGAAAAUGGAGGUGAAGGUGAUGGCAGUGAAGAUGGUGAUGGUGAUGAGAAUGGUGGUGGCGACGACGAGGACGACGAUGGUGAACCUGACUCCGCCUCCACUGCUGUUGGUUACACUUUUUCAAUCAUUAGCUUGUUUGCAAUAAUAAAUCAAUUCCAUUGGUCACAGAUACUGUCUUAGAAAACUACUUGGUAGAUUAUGAGCUACUGACUUAGUUUUUAAGAGUGUAUAGCGUAUUUGUUAUAGGAACCAGGAUGACAAUUAGCAAUCAAAUUAUUUCAUGUUACAAGCGCAUCAGUGAGUGUAAGUGAGUUCUCCAAGAUUUAAUUAGGAGGGAUCAAACAUACGAACUUACAUAGAUAGCGGUCAAAUACAAAUCGAUAAAAAUCAAGUUCUACCUCUAUUUAGACAGACAAUGAUGAAUUAGGUUAUAAAUUUUGUAUUUUUACUGUCAUAACAUUGACGAUAUGUCAGUAAUAUUGAAUGACAAUCAAUGGUUCCUAAAAUAUUAGGUAAUAACGUAGUGGGGAAGUUCAAUGAAUUUUUGUUUUUAUUAAAAUACAUUACGAAUUUCUUCACUAUAUUUACGUACAUAAAUCUAACUAUAACACAUGUGGUAUAUGUUAAUAAAAAAAAAA